GGACCUCGAGAACGGGAUCACCGGCUCGAUCCCGCCCGAGAUCGGUCAGCUCACGGCGCUGACGUACCUCGGCUGGAACAAGAUCAACGGCCCGAUCCCGCCCGAGAUCGGUCAGCUCACGGCGCUGGCGUACCUCAACAGCAACCGGAUCGACGGCCCGCUCCCGACCGAGUCCGGCCUGCUCACGGCGCUGACGAUCAUCGUCAACAACGAGAUCACCGGCACGUUCCCGACCGAGAUCGGCCAGCUCACGGCGCUGUACCUCAACGACAACAAGAUCGACGGCCCGAUCCCGACCGAGUUCGGCCAGCUCUCGGCGCUGACGUCCCUCGGCUACAACAAGAUCACCGGCACGUUCCCGCCCGCCCUCUGCUACGUCGCGACUUGCCAGGCCGCUGGCAACCCCGAUCUCGUCGCGCCGUGCGGCUCGACGGGCUGCUGCGAUCUCAGGGACGGCGCG